AGAAGUCUUCAUUCUCGCGCUUCAGUUCUACCGCUUCUCCAAGACUCGUCGUCAUGGUCCGCUGCAGUGCCUGCAGAAUCCUCGUACUACUGGGUUUCUUGGCGGUCUUUGUGCGCUCAGAGACGGUGGCCGACCCAUCCACGGACAACCAGGACGCCAUGUCGGGAGAGACCCCCGCUGACGUGGGCCCUACCACCACCAAGGAGCUCCUUCAUCACAUGACUGAACAGGCUUUCACUUUCGACUACGAGGAUGUCACGCAAGGCCUCAUCCCAGACGAGGAGGAAGGGGUUCUUGGACCAGGAGCUAUCACUGCCAUCGUCAUCGCAGUCUUCCUGGGAGCGUCUGUCCUCCUGGCGCUCAUUGUUAUCACGCUCAGGAAGUUCACAGCCUCCUAAAAUGGGUUUGGACGCCUCAGUGGGUGUUUUUCAGUCUAUGUUUUUGAGUGUCCUGGAUUGUGUGUUUACGCUCUGGCAGGUUCCCUAAUGGAGAAAGUUUAGCUAUAUUAUAAAAAAUAUUUUCCCAGAAAAUGCGUGACAUAAAUUACAUGGAAACCAGAUUUUACUCAGUUAAAAAAAAUAGGCAGCUAAUCUUGCAUUAAUUCUCAAUUUCCUCUCGUGUCUGCAUAAAAGCUACUGUAUAGACCCUACUCACCUACGUCACAAAAUGACGUGUCACUGUAUCCGGCCGCCAUAUUGUCCGUAUUUUUUAGACCUAUUCUCAUUGUUUUCAAUUAGUCGUGCAAGUUAUAGAGCAAUUCAUGAACGCCCCGGUGUUAUCUGACGCCGUAAACUCAUUGGAUGCGUUGCAUAAAAGGCGGUAUGUGGAAAAGCUUCAGUUUAUCCAUUCGCCAGAUCCAUAUUUGAUGCCUAAAUCGAUGUUCUUCGACCCGCUGUCUUCGCAGUCUUUGCCUGACAUCUGCUAGCUACCCUGAUAUUUACAACUAUCUUGUCCACACAAAAUCAGCCUAUUCUCACGAAAGUUUGAAAAACUUGUUGCUGGUUGGGUGAAACAGGUCCUCGUCCACGAAAAUUCGGCAGGAAUCUAUCGUGUGCUCGGGAAGGUGAGUUACGAAAUUUUCAAUUCAAAAUCUUUUGUUCUUGCUAACAUCCACUGUGAAGUCUAAUGUAUUUCAUGUUAUUUGUCAAUGGAGCUAGGGUUUUUAAUGUUUAUAUGGUUUAGCGAUAGCACUCACUACAUAUAUAUGUAAUAAAUAUGAAGUGCGAUAGCACUACUCCAGAUUGUCCCUAGUUGAUUUUUUAUGCUUUUGACCUCAAUAGUGAAGUUGUAAAUUCAUUGUAUGACAACUGUCUGAUUAUCCCCUUAUAAUUAUAUAUUUUCAGGUAGUUCAUUCACAACGUCUGAGUGUAUGUUGUCGGCGAUUAGCCUAGCAAUGAUCUUAAUUGUGGUUGUCAGCCCAAAACCCUCUAAAUAUAUAUUAAAUGCAUCUUACCAGAUAUAAAAUGACUACUACAUAAUCUGUUGUAAUCGUUUGGAGCCCAGUUUUCUCGUCGAAUUGCAGCAGUCAAUCUCAGUCUCUUCUCUGGGUCUCUCGGAAUACGGUAAAACUUCAAGUCUCUCCGUCUAUCUUCUGUUUUUGCAACCGACCGCCACACACGACUUCACCAUUUUGAUUAUUAAUAUUAACGAGCAGAAGAACAUGCCAUAAUAGGAGGAAUUUACGAAGCGCUAAUGCAUUAACAUGACGAGUAUACGGACAACAUGGCGCGGGGGCGUGGCUGUGACGUCACGUGAGUAGGGUCUAUUCUAGUUCCUCGUGUAAUAGUAAUGAUAUUGCCCAAUUACUAGUCAUUCCCUUUUUAUGCUCUGGGUGUGCACUUUGCCCACCUUUGGGCCAAUGUAUUGAUACAAUGCAAAUUGCCAUGUUGUUUUACGUAAUAAAUUUGUUGAA